AUCAUGUCUACCUCUAAGGAUGUCUCAUCCUCUGAAGUUAAGGGAGGUGAAGUCAAUGCUGCCAAAAGUGCCGUUUUCGUCUCCAGUUCUAGCAUGCCGAAUGACACUCCAAUAGUGACAGGUUAUUCUUGGGAUAAAGGACUGGAUUAUGAGGGUCUUCUUGCAACCUACAAACAUUGUGGAUUUCAAGCAACAAAUUUUGGCCUAGCAGUUGAGGAGAUCAAUAAAAUGCUGGAGUGUCGAAGUAAACCCCUGCCGCCAGACAAAGAGACAGAUGAUGAAGAAGAUGAGUUUAUCCGUGUCCGCUCAAACUGUACCAUAUUUUUGGGUUAUACCUCCAACAUAGUUUCCUCAGGACUGCGGGACACAAUACGUUAUUUGGUGAAAAACCGUAUGGUUGACUGUAUUGUGACGACAGCUGGUGGAGUUGAGGAAGAUUUCAUUAAAUGUUUAGCACCUACGUAUAUUGGAUCAUUCGAUUUGGAUGGCCGUAAACUAAGAGAUGAAGGAAUUAACCGAAUAGGAAAUCUCAUGGUCCCUAAUAGUAAUUACUGUGCAUUUGAAGACUGGAUUGUUCCAUUAUUAGAUGAAAUGCUGGAAGAACAGAAGACAAAGGAUGUACUAUGGACCCCUUCAAAAAUGAUAGCAUGGCUUGGCUCGAAGAUAAAUAAUGAAGAGUCUAUCUACUACUGGGCAUCUAAAAAUAAAAUACCUGUGUUUUGUCCGGCUUUAACUGACGGAAGCCUGGGAGAUAUGAUGUUUUUCCACUCUUUUCGUAAACCUGGACUAAUUUUGGAUAUCUUGUCUGAUCUACGAAGGAUCAAUAGAAUGGCAAUGAAGGCUGUAAAUUCUGGAAUGAUAAUCAUUGGAGGUGGAGUAAUUAAACAUCAUAUUUGUAAUGCUAAUCUUAUGAGGAAUGGUGCAGAUUUCGCUGUUUUUGUGAAUACGGCUUCAGAAUUUGAUGGAAGUGAUAGUGGAGCGAGACCAGACGAGGCAAUAUCUUGGGGCAAAAUCAAGAAGACUGCAGCACCUGUCAAGAUCUAUGCAGAAGCGUCUCUUGUUUUGCCAUUACUUGUCAUGGAAACUUUUGCUAAAUUUUUAAACAAGAAAUAAAUUCUCUCACAUUUAAAACAUGCAAAAAAGAAGAAGGGAAAAAAUAUCUUUCUGGUGAUAUUACUCCAUUACUUAUGGCACAAUCCAGAAAAUCAUGUCACGAUUACAGCGAGUCAAAAGUACAAUUAUUGGCAUGUAUGACACCACAAGACGUUGUUGAUCUUUAUUAAACCACCGAACGUACGGAUUCUCAGAGUAGCUGCAAUACCCUAAAAUUGAAAAUGGAAUGAACAGAGUCCUAUUGCCUCAAAUGGGUGCCAUUGUAAGACCCCAUGAGAAAUUCCAUUUUAUUUGCAAAGAUAUCCCUGUCUAUCAGUCCCAAAUGAGGAUUCAAUACACCAUAGACAAUAAAAUCGACGAACAUUUUUAACUUACCCCAAUUGGCUUGAAAAAAGUCCAUACUGAGACUGCCUGGACUAGGCAUCUUAAGAUGAGGGUACAAAGACUUCAAAGGAAUAUUACCAAUAAAUACUGGAAUUCGCAUGGUAGCCACAAUUUUUGGCGCAACAUUCACGACAUCCAUCUAGAACAAUUGAGCAUAUCAUUAGGGGUAAUAAGAUAUUUUUUUUAAAAGAAAUGCUCUCUCAACAAAGUUCAUGUACUAAAGAUAGUAUAUAAAGAUCGGUUUACUGAUUGGGUGAAAAAGAAAAAAAUGACACUGAUACAAAUGAUGCAGGUUCAUUCCUAAAAUAUUAUCUGGGAUUGGUGGGUUUCUAUGGAUAACCUACAUUGAUUCUUCGUUUUUAUAUAGCCGUUUAUACGAUGCACACUAGAAACGUAAAUUUUUUCUGCAGCUGGCAAAAAUCGCAGUGAGGGGUAUCUGUAGUGUGGUCAUAGAGGGUGCCUACGCUGUCUACGGUCCAUCUUGAAUCAAGUCGAGUCGGACAAGAUUUUUUAUACUCUUGAUAGAACUUUAUGGCUCAAUAGUUGAUACCUAAAUAUCAUUGAAGCACAGUCAGUCUGAAUGCCCAAUUCCUGCAGUAAAGAUCAACAGAGGUAUUGCCUUUUGAAAAACUGGCAAAAGCAACGGAGUGGCUGACUAGUUCUCAGCCUCAACUCUUUUUUUUUAAACAGUUAAUAAAUGGCGAUGAUUUUGCCAACUAGUGCCAUCUUUUGGUAUUUUUUUAACUCAACCUUUUUAUUGCAAAUGCCCAUUUUUUUUUCUCUUCCUGUAAUUCUUCUAUUUAUACUGCAGAAUAGAGGUUCUCUAUUAUUAAAACAAUUUUAUGAUAGGUGAGACAGACAAAUUCGUAUGAGAUACCUAGCAUAUGAAACUGUGGUCAAAUUGUUGAAAUAAACUGCUGACUUUUAUGAGAUUCUAUUUUCAA